AUGGAAAAUCCUCCAACCAUUCUACUUGUUUUGGCUCUACUUUGUGUUUCAGUGGUUGCAGCAACAAGAACUAAGCUGCAGUCAAUCAACAAUCUGGACGUUGUUGGUAUUUGCAAAUCAAUGGUGGAGACACAAGGCUAUACUUGCCAAGAACAUCAAGUAACGACAGCAGAUGGUUACAUCCUUGGCUUGCAGAGAAUUCCGAAGGGACGGUCUGGUAAUGAGAUAGCAGACAGGCGGCCUGUUCUGUUACAACAUGGGCUCUUAAUGGAUGCUUCAGCAUGGCUACUCAAUCCACCGGAUCAAUCUUUGGCAUUUAUCUUGGCAGAUAAUGGUUUUGAUGUAUGGCUUGCCAACUCUCGCGGGACAAACUCUAGCCGCGGACACCCAUCACUUAGUCCUGAUGAUGAUCUGGCUUACUGGGACUGGUCAUGGGAUGAAUUGGCAUCUCAUGAUCUUCCGGCUUUCUUCCAGUAUGUGAACAAUCAAACAGGACAGAAAUUACACUAUGUUGGGCAUUCCUUGGGAACUUUGACUGCCCUUGCCGCCUUCUCCCAAGAAAAGCUGUUAAACUUGCUAAGAUCAGCUGCUUUGCUUAGUCCGGUGGCUUAUCUGGGUCAGAUGUCCUCACUGUUUGUAAGAAUCCUAAUGGACGUAUUUUUAGCAGAGAAACUGAAAUUGUUGGGUUUACAAGAAUUCCCAAACGGGCAGACACAACAACUUGUGGAGUUUAUCUGCACACUACCUGGCAUUGACUGCUCCAACUUAUUGGCAACUAUAACAGGCCCAAAUUGCUGCCUCAGUUCUUCAAGCAAAGGUGCUUUAUUUAAGCAUUUCCCCGAGCCCACUGCGACAAAGAACUUUAUACAUCUGUCUCAGAUGGUCAGAAGGGGAACGAUCAAAAUGUACGAUUAUGAUCUUGAAGACACAAACAUGGAACACUACAAGCAGCCUUCUCCUCCUGCGUACAACAUGACAAACAUUCCGAAAAACGUUCCUCUUUUCCUCAGCUACGGAUUGAGAGAUAAACUUUCUGAUGCUAAUGAUGUGGGGCUUUUGCUUGACAACCUCAAAGAUCAUGACAAGGACAAGCUUGUGGUACAGUGCAGAGAGGAGUAUGCUCAUAUGGAUUUUAUUAUAAGUAUGAAUGCCAAUCAACUUGUGUAUGAUCCUCUAAUGGCCUUCUUCAGGCUCCAUUGA